AUGCUCAAAAGCUCCACCGCGGGAUACUUUAUCCCCAUUGCCAUCGAAAUGGACUUGACGGUGACCUCCACGCUCUUCCCCGUUGGCCCGCUGUCCACCACCGUCUGGUACUGGUACCCCUUCACGAUCGGGAACGUGCCUCCUUCUCUGUUUGGUCCGCAACGAGAUGGUGUCGAGAAAAAUCAGGUCGUGUCCGUUUCUGGUGAUAACCUGAUUGGGUUUGCCGAAGCUCGUUUCAAAUCGGUGCAAAGCAGCAAAUUUGACUCCUUCGGCCCAGCCGAUGUCGUGGUUGCCAGGAACAAGGGUGUAGCUCUCUGUUCCAUUCAGAUGGAAGAUGUUGUUGAACCGGUCGAGCUGAUGUUUGUAGUACUCGUCCGAGCUGGACCGGCCGUUGUCGGUCAUGUCUCCGAGAAAGAUCACCGAAUCAGGCCAUUCGAUGGGAAAUAUUUUAUGCUGCUAGUGUUAAUCUGUGUCAUCACUCUAUUCUUGGCGGUUCCGCAAUUGGUUUCCAAUCUCCGCGACAUUGGAUCUGUCGCGCUCGAGAACCAGUCGUCCAUUAGCGCGACCAAGAAACAGGGCGAGUCCGCGAUCUACCGGUCUGUUGACGUUCCCCAUGGACUCCCCCUAACGUCUGGCUUACGGCUGCAGGCUGGGUACAAGUUGCGCGACGGGAUCUUGCGCGACAUCUGGUACUAUGCGUUGAAGAAGAACACGGUGGUGAGGCUGGGCGAGGUGACGCGCUCGAUCCGGCAGAUCAACAGCAUGAUCCACCUGGUGGCUAGGAGACUCGACCGGCUCGGAGUUAGUGGCCGUGUGGGUCUUGAUUGCGAGUCGGACGAUGCGAAUGGUCUGCUGGUGCUUUUUGCGUGCUUUUUCGUGAGCGAUAGAACCGUGGUAGUCGGACAUGGGGCCCCAGACCUCGCCAUUCUGUUCACCAGGAACCCUGCAAAGAACCAGGACAAGUCGCUCAAGGUGGUGGAUCUGGCAGAUCCCGACUUCUUUGACCACAAUGUCGCCGAGUCCUCGAGUUUCGACUACGACCCGCUCAAAGAUCACACGCGGUUCAACAACCAACCGUAUAGCGAAUUUUCAAACGGCGUGGAGUACCGGUAUUUCCAGCGGAGCUUCGUUUCGUCUGUCGCGUCGCAAUUGAUGUCCUUGUCGACACAGUUCUCCUGGACACCGAAAGACCGGCUCUGGAUUGUGGCCGGAAACAGAAACAACGCUCUUGUCAAACUUCUGUGUGGAAUAAUGACGGGAGUGGAAUCUGUUACACUCAGCAGAUCUCUCACGAUCGAGUCGCUGGUGGAAUCCAAAACAACAAUUCUUUCGGCACCAGAUAACUCGUUCAAGUCGUUGAUUGACUACAAGCCUUCCUUCGUCAAGUCUCUGAUCCUCGGAAGAGCAGAGUUCCUUAAUGCUCAAGGAAUCUUUAAUUCGUGGGGAAAGGCAUGGCCCUUGAGCUUGCGUUUGGUUUAUAUCCAAGACUUUAAUCACACAUCGAUCCAGCUCAACAAACUGAAAAGUAUCCUUGGCUCCAGAAUCAUCAAGGAAACAGAUAUCCCUGGAUCUCUGGGCCCUAUACUGAAGUCCAACUUGUUCGAAUACAGACUGACCAACCUGAACCAACUCGGUGUGGCCUCAAACUCGGUGGAACUCAAGUCCAAAAACGGACAACUUUACGCGCGCGGAUUCAUCCUUAGCAAAUGGCUGUUUUUACAAACGCUAAUUAUAAACCCUUUUGAUGGUGUCGGUCCACUCCUUCUCGACAAAUAUCUCGUCGUUGUCGUAAGCAACGAUCUUGUUGUGCAGAUAGAAAUUGUCCUUAUCGGAGGUCAUAGUGGCCCUAGUAUCCAUUCUGACGUUCCAAUUGUCCUCCUUUCUGCCCAUCCAAUAGUCAUUCCCGAAAGCUCGUUGAACUCUGGAAGAGUGACUUCCCCGUCGUCUGCAAUAUCUUUUAUGAUCCACUCGUACGUGGUGCAAUCGUACGUGAUGGUCUUGGUUCUGGAGUCUGGUUUGUCGACUUGGGUCUUGAUCUUGCGGACAAUGGAAGGAGUGCCAAAGUCUGGUGAUUGGACGACUGCCGCUUCGUCAACCUGUGGAAGCCACAAUUUUCCACCUGUGAGAGUCAACGUUGGAGUUUCUGGACUUGGCCAAGCCUGUGGCCAGUCCACGGAGGACAGCGCAAGUCUCAGCUUGUGGCCUUUUUCGAUCUUGACUCCGACAACGUCCAAGUUGAGCUCGAUGGUGUACUUUUCGCCGACUUGCAAGUACUCAGGGUGUUCGUGCGACUUGUGGUGGGUCAAGUUCAAUUGUCCCCACGAAAGCAGAACGUUCUCUUUUCCAGGAUACAGAUCAACAAGUCUGGCGCUCAAGUUGGCCAAUUUCUUGUCGGAAGACAGGGUGACGGUCAAUUUAGGCUCGCCCAGAAGCUCCAGUGACUCUGUAAGCUCCUCGGUGUCGAAACACAGACAUCUAGCGUCUUCGGACUUUUGGUCUGACGGGAAGUCCCCAGGGUACCCAAAUGGACACCAUGUUCCUCUGAAUAGACCGUGA